AUGGCCAGCAUAACUCGGGGCCAGCGAGGCCUCUAUACUCAAUUCCAACCUUGGAAUCACUUUCGUUUCCACACCCAUCUCCAAUCCCAAUUACUGCCCAUCCGCGCGCAAUCCCAGCUUUUCUCAACCUCCGCCCCGAGGCAGCAAUCCCGCCGACCCUCCCCAUCACCACCUACCACAACCACCGUCUCAACUCCCACCAAAACCGAAAUAAAUGCCCCAAUUAGCACCCACCCCGCCGCCAUCACAACCCCAUCCCCCCUAUCCCCCUCCGCAGGCGCAGUAGAUAAACUAAAACGCUAUGUCGAAUUCGGCCGCGCAUACGUGACCUUCUACAAAACGGGCCUGAAAAACGUCUACCGCAACUACCGCGCCUCACUCCCUCUACGGAGGAAACUAGGCCUACCCGCCUACAUCCCCACAUCUCCACCGCGGACAAGCACACACAACAACAACAACAACCGCAACCGCAACCGCAACCGCAACGCGCCAUCAAUAACACAAGAAUCCAAGCUCGGCCGCGCGCAAUUCCAGCUGGUCCGCCGCUCAGCCCGCGAUGUCCGCCGCAUGAUCCCCUUCACGUUGAUCUUGAUCGUCUGCGGCGAGUUCACUCCCCUGAUCGUUCCGAUUUUCGGCUCUGCCAUUACACCCGCGACGUGUCGUGUGCCCUCGCAGGUGGAGAAGGAACGCAUUGCUGCUACGGCGCGCAAACUCGCGGCGCUGGAUGUGUUUGUUGCUGAGAAUAAGGAUCGAUCUGUACACUUGCUCAAGGCGGGCGGUUCGGAGCAGUUGGCUCUGCUUGCUGGGUGUUUUGCUGAUCCUGUCUGGGUUGCUGGUGCAGGCUCCGCGGAUGUGUUGCGUGCCUGUGCUGUUUUUGGCCUGGUUAAACGUCACGAUAGGACUGCGGGCGAGUCGCUUGCUGGUUUGAUCUACCGGCCUCGGCUGGCACGGUAUGUCGAGUACCUGGCUAUAGAUGAUGGGAUGAUUCGUGCUGGUGGAGGGGUUAAGGCUAUGAAUGCUACUGAGGUGCGGAUUGCGGUUGAGGAACGUGGUGGUGAGGACGUCUCUUCUGGUACUCAAGACCAGAAACGCGUGGAGGAGUUGGAGAGGCGCUGGUUGGAGCAGUGGCUGGCCGUUCGUGGAAACAGUCCUAGGUCCAAGAAGCUGUAG